AUGAGGGAUUGCACUUGGAGGAUUCAUGCUUCAAUUCUAAGAGACAAAGUCAGUUGGGCCAUAAAGAAGCUAAAAGGAGAGCAUGCAACUUGUGGGAGGCUGGAAGAGAAUCCUAUGGUCUCUUCAGCAUGGCUAUGCAGACAUUUGCUUCAAGGCUUAGAGGCAAACCCAGAUGUCCUAGUUGAGUCAUUGCAGAGGUUGUGCAUGGAAAGGUACAGGAUCCAUGUGAAGUUAAGAUUUUUACACAAAGUGAGGAGUUUAGGCAGGGAGCAAUUACAUAGUGGGUUUGCUGAGUCCUACGCAGCUCUUCCAAAGUAUGCUGAAAUGAUAAAGUCCACAAAUCCUGGGUCAUAUGCCCUUAUUACAUGGACUAGCAGUGGGGAUCAAAGUUUGAAAUUCAAGGCAUGUUUCAUAUCUUUUGCAGCUCAAGUUAGAGGAUUUUUAGGGGGUUGUAGACCUAUCAUAGGAAUAGAUGGUGCACAUUUAAGUGGGUAUUACAAAGGGAUUAUGCUCACUGUAGUUGCAAUUGAUGGGAAUAAUGAGAUCUUUGUAAACUUGAGGUGCCUGUUUGCUCAGUAUGGAUCUCAGAAGGAUGACUGGACUUUUAUCAGUGACAGGAUGAGGGGGGUUGAAUCAGCAUUGUUUGAGGUGUUCCCAAGAGCUACAAGGAGAGUAUGCUGCCAGCAUUUGUACUCAAAUUGCAAGGCUGCAGGAUGGAGUGGGACAAAAUUUCAUAAGUUGUUUUGGAUUGCUGCAAAUGCCUACAAUGAAGUCAUUCAAUGCCAUAACAAAGGCCAACAAGGACAUGCCUCUGUUGACAUUGCUGGAAGGAAUUGGUGCAUGAAAAGGAUGGGUUCCAGGUUUGAUAAAGCAGUGGACAUGGAACCUAAUGAGCUGACAGAGCAUGCAAAGGGGGUGUUGGAAACUAGGAUUGAUGAGUCUAGGUUCUGCCAUGUCACUGCAGUUGGUGGUGGAGAGUUUGAGGUGAGGGAUGGCCAUGUCAAGUUCCCUGUCACCCUUGGAAAUAUGACUUGUGGGUGUGGGAAAUGGCAAGGAUCAGGGAUCCCAUGCAAGCAUGGUCUUAGGGUCAUUUACAACCAGAGACUUGAUCCUAGGGACUUUGUGUCUCCUUUCUACAAGGGGGAUGCAUAUAAACAGACUUAUGGAGACCACAUCCACCCCAUGGCUGAUCCAACUCACUGGCCUUCACUUGAUGUGCCAGAAAUUUGCACCUCCCCAAGGGAAAAGAAAUGCAGGCAGACCACCUAA